GCGCCGGAAAACCAUGCUUGUUUCUUCCGGGAUUCAACGUGUGCGAACGAAAAUAUCACAUGUGGUUCAUUUUCAUUCGAAACGGCAAUCAGGGAUCAGAUAAAGACGUAAUUUAACUAUUAAAAGGGUGCAAUUUGGAAAGAUUCUUGCUACCUGUGUAGGUGUCAGUCAUGGGCAGGAAAUUGGAUCCCACCACGUAUGUGAAACGUGGCCCAGGGCGGAAAUCCAGGAAGCAGAAAGGAGCUGAGACUGAGCUAACCAAGUUCAUAACAGAAGAGGAGACUGCACAAAAACGACUGUCAAGUAGAUCCAGGAAACGAGCGGGGAAGCGAGCUCAAGUUACUAAAAAGCCCAAGGUAACCGCAGUGAAGGAGGAACCCAAUAAAGGAUUCACAGAUGAAAACAGUGAAUGGUUGAAACCAGCAAAAAGGAAGCGUGAGGCUGACCAUAUAGAUGACGAUGAUGAUGACGACAGCGACAGCCAAUGGGAGCAGGAAGAAGACGAGGAGGGUGAAGGCCAGAAAAAGAAAGGAAAAAGACAGCUAAUUGAGAAUGAUGAUGAUGAUGAUGACGACGACGAUGACCUGGUUGAUGACUAUGGUGCUUCGGAGGACAGCGGUGAGGGAGAGAAGGAAGGAGAGAGUGAUGAAGAGCUGCUCCCCAUAGAGAAAGCUGCCAAGAAGCAGAAGAAGCUGCAGGAAGUAAUGGACCAGGAAACUGAUGAUGAUGAUGAGGAGGAGGAGGAGGAGGAGGACAAGGAUGGGGAGAAGAGUGGAGAUGAAGAUAUGGAUGAAGAAGACACUGUACAGGUUAACAUAGAUGAGAUGGACACAUUCAAACUACCUAAAGCGGAGGACAUAGCAAAAGAGGGUGUUAUGCUUGUAGACCUACAGACCAUUCACCAGAGAAUAAAGGACAAUGUGGAUGUUCUGUCUCACUUUUCCACCAAGAGGGAGGGUGGGAAAGACAGAGCAGAGUACCUCUCUCUUCUCAAGAAGGACCUGUCUACUUAUUACAGCUACAACAAUUUCCUCAUAGACAAACUUCUGGAAAUCUUUCCAGUGUCAGAGCUGAUUGAUUUUCUGGAAGCCAAUGAAAUUCAGCGACCUGUCACCAUUCGUACCAAUACACUGAAGACAAGGAGAAGGGACUUGGCUCAGGCCCUGAUCAACAGAGGGGUGAAUCUGGAUCCUCUGGGGAAGUGGUCCAAAGUUGGCCUGGUCAUCUUCGAUUCCUCUGUACCCAUAGGUGCGACUCCAGAGUACCUGGCGGGUCACUACAUGCUGCAGGGCGCCUCUAGUUUCUUGCCUGUUAUGGCUCUCUCUCCUCAGGAAGGGGAAACCAUACUUGACAUGAGCUCAGCUCCUGGGGGAAAGGCCACCUAUAUAGCUCAGCUGAUGAGGAACACAGGGGUGGUGGUGGCCAAUGAUGCCAGUGCGGACAGGCUGAAGAGUGUGGUGGGAAACAUCCACCGCCUAGGAGUGACUAACUCUGUGGUGUGUAACUAUGACGGCAGACAGUUCCCUAAGGUCAUGGGCGGGUUUGACAGAGUGCUCUUGGAUGCUCCUUGCUCAGGUACAGGAGUCAUUUCCAAAGACCCUGCUGUGAAGACCAGUAAGGACGAAUCUGACAUUCAACGUUCAGCCCACCUGCAGAAAGAGCUUAUUCUAGCAGCCAUUGACUCAGUGAAUGCAGAGUCUCCCUCUGGAGGCUAUCUGGUGUACUGCACCUGCUCGAUUAUGGUGGAGGAGAAUGAGUGGGUAGUUGACUACGCACUCAAGAAAAGAAAUGUCAAACUAGUCCCUACUGGACUUGACUUUGGCAAAGAAGGCUUUACCAGAUUCAAAGAACGCAGAUUCCAUCCCUCUCUGAAACUUUCACGUCGCUUCUACCCUCAUUCCCACAACAUGGAUGGUUUCUUUGUGGCUAAGCUAAAGAAGUUUUCCAACACAGUUCCAACCACAACCGUUGACAAUGGAGCAGUAGAAGAAACUGAGCCAUCUGGGGAUGUAAAGGUUCAAUCUGAUUCCUUUGAUGAGGAGAAACCAUUUAAAGCAGGGUCUAAGAACAAGUCCAAGAAGCAGAAGCCCGACGGCAAACCAGUUGUGUCACAGGCCACAGCGAACGGAAAGUCAGCUAAAAGCAUAGCAAAGAAAACCCAGAAGAAUGAGAAUCCAACUGUGCCAAAAAAGGCCAAAAUGGAUAAUGAGACUGAGAAAGUGGACAAAGAAAUCAACAAGUCCAACAUAGUCAAAACAGAUAAGGAGACUUCCAAGGAAGGAAGCAGGUUUCAGAAAAAGGGUGAUAAACAGAGGAAAUCCCACAUUCAAAGCAAGAAGAGAAUAGGGAAGAACAAAUUCAACAAGUUGAAGAAGCUUCUGAAAAAUGAGUUUGGAAAUGAACAUUUAUAAGACUUUUAGGACAGUGAAGAAAGUACUUUUUUUUGUGGUUGUUGCUAGUGAGAGGUCGUCAAUGCAGCUUUAAUGUACAUGUUCACAAAGGUCAGCUGAGCAUGUGUUUUCAAAUGUUGUUUUCAUCUGGACUUGGCAUGUCAUCACUGCAGCAAGUCUAAAGAGAGCAUAGAGCCCCAAAAAUUUGAUAAGUGUGUCCUUAACAGCAGAUUUAGGAUCCAAUUUUCAUGAGCCAUGUUGUUGGGUCUAGAUUAUCUGACAGUAGAUCUGUGGUUAAGGCCAAGUUUUAAUUUGCCCUUUAAGUGGGACCCUUGUUGAACAACACAUUUUUGUCUAAUCCUUCAUUGCAAUGUUUUAUAGGUUUUGUUUCCAUUCGAUUUUUUUGUCCAUUGAUAAAGUAUGUCAUGUAAAAAAAUAUUAUUGAGGUAAUAAAAUCUCAUUCUUUGACAGAUA